AUGAGCUGGGAACCAGAUGAAGUGGAGACGGUGCUCAAAGGGAAGGUCAUCGAUGGAUGGACUAUGGAGAAUUCUUUAGGAAGCGGAGCAAAUGGCAUUGUACUCAUGUGUAAGAAAGGCUCGGCAAAAGCGGUACUAAAGCUGGCUCUGUCGUCCUAUGCAGCAGCGAGUCUCGAAUGGGAAAGUCUAGUGAUGGACCGGAUUACCAUGGAACUUGCGUACGUGAUCAUGGAGUGUUUACCCGGGAAUCCUGUUCCAAUCAUUGGAAACCUUCAGGGAGAAGAGCAGACACUGAAGAUCAUCGAGUAUGGCUUGCAACUGCUGAAGGCGAUAUACGAUAUGCAUCAAUGUGGUUUCAUUCAUCGUGAUAUCAAACCCGAGAACAUUGGAAUGUACGAU